GCCUGGGCCGUGCUUGUGGGGAUCUGCCAUUGACUCUGUCAGCGGCCCUGGGAACAAUACAGCUAAACUCCCCUAAGGGCUGAGGCUGAAACGACUCCUGUAGAAAAGUGUGUUAUUGUUGUUCCCCUCCAUCUCCCCGCAGUAUAGUCACUGUCUGCGGAAAAGGCACAACGUAGCUCAGGAGCAUCGUUAGCGCUCCCCUGUUGCUGUUGUGUACCACCAAGGACUGUUAAUAAGCAAAUGCUAUGUGUGGUUAAGCAAAAGGCACCUUAACUAAGCCUACACUGAGCGUUUCAGCCUUGGCAGCAGAAUUAAUUGAAGUUUCGAUACGUACUUUCUUCCAGAACUGUUAAUAUUUGUCCUGGGUUAUACUGAAGCUGUAAACGAUACUUUAAUAAGGGGCUCUCUUCGAUAAACAUUUUCCUUUUACUGCAAUGAAGCCUGAAAGUCUCAUGAUUCUUUAUGAGGAUGACUCUGUAGAGGUGCACUAUAUAGAUGGAUCCAGACUGCUUCUUUCUCCCUGUGGCUCUGAAUUCCUGUUUGAAAAGGCACUUUCUGUCUCUGCCCAUCCUCUGCACCCAGCUGAAAGGAUUCGCCAAAGGACUCAGUUUGUUAUUAGUACCUACCGAGAGCAACUCCUACGAGCAAUAGGUUUCCGGAACCAGUUUUGUACUUCCUUGUAUUUACCUUCAAGUAUCAUACCUUUUGAAAGGAAAAAUAGUCUUCUCUCUGAUAUCUCAGAAAUCAAUUGGCCUAGCCCCAAUGCUACUGAUGCAGCAGAAUAUAUGGAUAAUGGCAGUGUAAAAAUCUCAUCCUUAGAUGGUCGUGCUUAUCUCUGCAUGUCAGAACUACAGCAAGAGUUUUCAGUGGAGUUUUUAUGCAAAGUAAGCCAAAAGUGUACUGCGUCUUCGUCUUUCUCUGAAAAAACCAGCAAUAAUCAAAACAAAGGUCAGCAUGGAAAAUCAAGCAGAAGUGUUAUCUCAGAAAUGUUUCCUAAACAAAUGAGAAUGGAGAAUAAGAAAGAGGAACAUUGCUGGACUAUAAACAAAUGCAGGGAACUGGACAAAUCAAAGGACUGUUUAAAUCAACUAAAAAGACAAGAUGAGGCCCCAUUGUCUCUUACACGCUGUUCAUCUGAAUACGUGUGGGUUAUGCAGCGCUGGUCUGUUUCCUCAUAUCCAGAAGAAUGGAAAUACCCUUUGUCCUUGGCAUUAGUGUUCUAUCAAUCGCACACUGAUAACAUAUGUAAAACAUAUGUGGAGAAUAAAUGCACUAGAAAUGGAACUGCAGGAUCUGAUGUUUUAAAGGAAACUGAAAAAACAAAGGCAGUUUCUCAUUUGCCUAGAGCUUUGCCACUCAGCUGUAGUGCACCACACCUCCACAGGUGGAGUUUCUGUGACCUCUUUCUACAGAGGAAGCAAGACAGUGAACAUAAUUCACACCCUCUACUAAUAAAAAUUGUUUGGUGCCAGGGUAUUAUUUACAGGUUUAUCCAUGAGAUUGAAAACUUUAUAGAAAUUUAUCCUGGAGAUGGAUCCGUUUUCAAGUCAGAAGGACCAUUUUUAGGAAACUAUUUUACACAUUAUUCAGUUCACAAAGAAACAAGACAGAAAGAAAAAAAAAUGUAUUCAGCAAACAGUCUGCCUCCUGAUACACCAGCAAGUCCAUACUCCAUCUGUUCCAUUAUUACCCAGGCAACGAGAAUUCUCCAAUACUGUCACAAGACUAAACUUUCAUUAACCCAUAAUUACAGUAUCUGCUGCUGGAGAAUGGUACCAGGGACAGAUGGAAGAGAAAUGUUGCCAGUUCCAUUGCAUGAAACAGUUAUUCCCAAUGUGGGGAAACUUGUUGCAUAUUCAGAUAAUAAAGUCCAUGCUCUGUUUUGUGAUGGGAUGACCUUGAAUAUGGUUUGGGAUUUCAGCUCUUGCUAUGGAAGAACACAGAACAAUGAUGCUCUUUCGUCUUUCUCUUCAAAGAUAAAUCAAGGUGGUACCACAGGAUGGUGUAAAGUAAUUUCUCCUGAUGGGGCACAGCAGCUAAUCCAGAUAAAAGAUCCUGGAAUCUAUGAAAGGUACAUCAGAAUUAUAGUAGCAUGGUGCAGAAGUUUGAAUGAUGAUGAGGGAGAGACUCUUCCUGCAACUGAGAGAAACUGGUCUGUUGUUGCUGAACUUGAGAAAAUACAAAGAUUUAACUUCUUACUGCAGAACAGCAAUGUUCCAAACAAGACUUCGGCUAUGAAAAAUAAUCCAUCUCAUAUUACUGAUGGACAACCAGAAAACAGUUUACCUGAGGAUAUCGGUGAAAGGAGCAUAUCAGAGGCUUUGGAAAAAACGUCAAAAGUCAUCCAAGAUAUUGAAUCUCUCCUAGCCUCCUCUAGGAAGUGAUGCUUGAGCAAGCAUGUGAAAGACCAGCAUUAUUUAAAUGUUUAUGGGCUCUAUCCUACAGUCUUGUGCAUCAAGUGGGAUUUUUGAGUGUGCAAAGAAUGAAAAAUCAGGCCCUAAGAGUUGGAAACCUGUAAUUUUUGUUCUGAAUAAUUGACACUCUCCUACUGUAACAACAGAAUUCUAAUCUGCCAUACAGACAUACAAAGGAUAGAACAGAAAUGAGGUCUAUUUAUGUUGUCUGGUUUUAUUUACAGGGCUUGAGUAAAAUUGCCACCUUUAGUAGAAAUUAAAAUGACUGUGAAUGUUUCUAAAUUCCAACAUGUUUGAUUUAUAUACAGAAUUGUUUUAAGUAAUUGAGUUACUGGUAAAUAACUGACUAGGCUAUCAUAAUCUGGUUAAGCAAUUUUUAAAUAUGAAACUUUUAAAUAUUUUAUUUUUAAGAGAUCAAAGGAAUAUUCAAGAUGUUCCCUCAACUAUUUCUGCUCUAUUCUUUUACUGUAAAAUAGCAUUUUAAGAACAUUUUGAAAAUAAAGUUUCACUAACCCUCA